GUUAAAUGAAUUUUUCAUAUUGCACUUGUUUCACACUCUUAAAAUAAAUUCUCUGUAGAGAAAACUUUUGAUACAUAUUUCCACUCAUCACCAAAAUCUUUUUGUUGUAAAACUAAUAUGGCUACUUCCUCUUUCUUUCAAUACCAUAUUCAAAUUUUUUUGCUUUCUUUAUUAUUGUGUAAAAUUAUGUGCACUUCCAAAAUUAUUCAGUGCGACGACAAGGACAAGAGCACAUUGCUCAAGUUCAAAUAUGGAAUCACUGAUCCCUCUGGUGUACUUUCUUUAUGGUCCAUUAAGGAAACAAAUUGUUGCCAAUGGAAAGGAGUUCAUUGUGAUAACAUCACUGGCAGAGUCACAAAGCUCAAUCUUCAUUGUCCAGAAAUUUACUCUGAUUACGGUCAUAAUCUUGACAAAUCCCAGUGUCUAACAGGUGAACUCGACAUGUCUUGUUUGUUUGAUCUUGAAUUUCUUAGUUAUUUGGAUUUGAGCAACAAUGACUUCAACACCAUCCAAUAUCAUGGUCAGUGUAAAAACUCUUCCAACAAUAUCUACUAUCUUAAUUUAUCAGAUAAUGAUAAUCUUCAAGCUGAUAAUAUACUCCAUUGGAUUUCUAAUCUUUCUUUUUUACACUAUCUCGAUCUCAGUGGCAUUAAUCUUCAAAAAGAAACUAAUUGGCUUCAGUUAGUGACUAUGCUUCCUUCACUUUCAGAGUUAUAUUUGGAGGAUUGUAGACUUCAGAACAUCUAUCCAUCCCUUCAAUAUGCCAAUUUCACUGCGCUUAAAGUUCUUGAUCUUUCUUACAAUGAGUUUGUGUCUGAGCUACCAAGUUGGGUUUUCAAUCUUAGUUCUAGUAUCUCAAUUGUAGAACUUUCCAAUAAUUUCAUACAUGGCCAACUUCCUCAAACACUACCACACUUUCAAAGCCUUGAAACCUUGUCUUUGUAUAACAAUGAUCUCAAUGGACUCAUUCCAAAUUGGGUGGGUCAACUUGAACAAUUAAAAAGACUUGAUCUUUCUGAUAAUUCAUUCUCUGGUUCUAUUUCUACAAGUUUAGGAAAUCUGUCAUCCUUAACUUACUUGAAUUUGGCAUUCAAUGGUUUAACAGGAAUUGUUUCUGAACAAAAUUUUCUUUCCCUUUCAAAAUUAAACCAUUUAGUUUUGGGUUCACAAUAUUUGAUCUUUGACUUUGAUUCUGAAUGGAUCCCUCCUUUUCAACUUCAGUUUUUAGAAUUGACUUAUUUGACUUCUAAUAAACUUCCAUCAUGGAUAUAUACACAGAAUUCUCUGACCCUUUUGGCGAUUGUAAAUUCAAGAAUUCCAUUGGAACUACCUAAUAAGUUCUGGAAGUUUGUUUCUGAUCAAGUUGAAUAUCUUGAUUUAUCAAAUAAUUCAAUCAAUGUUGACAUGUCAAAUGUCUUGCUUAAUUCCAAAGUGGUAGUGUUAGGCGAGAACAAUUUGAGAGGUGGUGUGCCACAAGUAUCACCAAACGUCACUCUUUUACGUUUGGUUAACAAUUUCUUGUCAGGAUCCAUUUCUUCUUUCUUAUGCCAUAAGACAAAAGAAAAAAAUAAUUUGAAGUAUGUGGAUAUUUCUCAUAAUCUUUUAUCAGGAGAGAUUUCGGAUUGUUGGAUGUAUUGGAGAUCAUUACUUUAUGUUAAUUUGGAAAGCAAUAAUUUGGUAGGCAAAAUUCCUCACUCAAUGAGCUCUUUGUCUAACUUAAUUGCAUUGAAUCUAUACAAUAACAUGUUAUCUGGAGAAGUGCCUCUCUCAUUGAAAAAUUGUAAGAAGCUUCGUCUCCUUAAUCUAGGUGAAAAUGAGUUUUCUGGAGCUAUAUCAAACUGGGUGGGAGAAAGUGUAAUUGGUCUCAAACUAAGAUCCAAUCAAUUUAGUGGUAAUAUCUCUACUACAAUAUGUCAGCUUCAUUCUCUCAAGAUAUUGGAUCUUUCAAAUAAUAGAUUAUCAGGGCCAAUACCAAGUUGUGUUCGCAACAUGACAGGCAUGAUUUCUAAAAAUGAAUCAUUUGAUUCAUUUGAUGUUACCAUUCCUACGAUAGACCAUGUCAAUUUUGAAUUCAAUAUCAAUCUCAUGUUGCUUAUUAAGGGCAUUAAGUUAAAUUAUACACACUCGAUACUUGUUAUUGAUCUUUCAUGUAACAAUCUAUCUGAAACGUUGCCAUCAGAGUUAUUCAUGCUUACUGGAUUGAAGUCUUUAAAUCUAUCCCACAAUCAAUUCGUGGGAAAGAUUCCACAAGAUAUUAGCAAGUUGAUACAGUUGGAGUCUCUUGAUCUCUCAAGUAACUUAUUUUCAGGACAAAUUCCUGAAAGCAUGUCUGCUUUGUCUUUUCUUGAAGUCUUGAAUCUCUCAUGCAACAAUUUUGAAGGAAAAAUUCCAUCAGGAACCCAACUUCAAGGUUUCACAAACCUUAGCUAUAUGGGAAAUCCAAAACUCUGUGGACCUCCACUCACAAAGAUUUGUCCGCAAGAUGAAAAACUACCAAAUGAAAAACAAAUGAAAGAAGAUGAUGAUGACAACGACAACUCUCAAGUUCGUUCAUGGUUCUAUAUGGGCUUAGGAAUUGGAUUUGCCACAAGUUUUUGGGCAGUGUUAAUUGCAGUUUUUUUCAAUAGAAGAUUCAGAAAUUUUUAUUUCAAAUGUUUGGACCGACUCUAUGACAUGGUGAUCUAAAAUUUUAACUCUAUUAUAUCAUCAGAAGCUCUCAUAGUGGUAACAAGUUUUCGGAAAAGAGAAACCGGGUAGAGUACAUGUUGUGGGUUUUGGACCGACUCCUAAUCAGCUCUUCGGGCCAAAUUUACAUGGGCAUGGCAACGGAGUCCAACUAGAGGAGACUCAGAGGAAGCUGCUUGAACUGGAGGCACAGCUGGAAGGCGAGAAGUUGAAGAGGAAGGCGAUGGAAGAUGAGGCAGCAGCAGAUAAGAAAAAGAUGAAGGCGAUGGAGAGUGCUUUUUGAUUUAUCUGUUUCAACGGCAGGGUGAGGAGCUGCCACCAGACAUCGCUGCAGGAAUGGGUUUCGUGGAAUGAUAGAGUGAAUAGUAGAAUAUUAGGAGUGGAGAUAUUUUGCUAUGAAUCAAGUAUUUUAUCGAAUUAGACUGAGCAACUCUUUGAAAGAGAUUUCUUUUUGUUCGUAUUUUCAUGGAUAUAUAUAUUUCCUGUUUUG